ACACGUGAUGUGGGCGGCGGGAGCGCGAAGGUGGAGGAGCGCGUUUACCAGAGUUAGGCUGUGAAGCUGCUAUCGCUUCAGCACGAACCGCCACCAUGUCCUACAACUAUGUUGUGACAGCGCAGAAACCGACUGCGGUGAAUGCCUGCAUUACCGGUCAUUUCACCUCAGCCGAUGAUUUGAAUCUGUUGAUUGCCAAGAACACAAGGUUGGAGAUUUAUGUGGUGACUCCAGAAGGUUUGCGCCCUGUUAAAGAAGUAGGCAUGUAUGGCAAGAUAGCUGUAAUGGAACUCUUCCGACCAAAGGGAGAAGGUAAGGAUCUGCUUUUCAUCCUGACUGCAAAAUACAAUGCCUGCAUUCUGGAAUAUAAACAGAAUGGAGAAAACAUUGAUAUCAUCACAAGGGCCCAUGGAAAUGUACAGGAUCGUAUUGGCCGCCCUUCUGAGACAGGAAUAAUAGGUAUUGUGGACCCUGAGUGUCGCAUGAUAGGUCUCAGACUAUAUGAUGGGCUCUUCAAGGUAAUCCCUUUAGACAGAGACAACAAAGAAUUGAAGGCAUUUAAUAUCCGUCUGGAAGAGCUCCAUGUAAUUGAUGUGAAGUUUCUGUAUGGCUGUCAGGUCCCAACCAUUUGCUUUGUCUAUCAGGAUCCUCAGGGCCGCCAUGUAAAGACAUAUGAAGUAUCUUUGAGAGAAAAGGAAUUUAACAAGGGACCCUGGAAGCAGGAAAAUGUGGAAGCUGAAGCAUCAAUGGUCAUUGCAGUUCCAGAGCCAUUUGGAGGAGCACUGAUCAUAGGUCAGGAAUCCAUCACAUACCACAAUGGAGACAAAUAUCUGGCAAUUGCACCUCCAGCUAUCAAGCAAAGCACAAUUGUUUGCCACAAUCGUGUGGAUCCCAAUGGUUCACGAUAUCUGUUGGGAGAUAUGGAGGGACGUUUGUUUAUGCUGUUAUUGGAGAGGGAGGAACAAAUGGAUGGGAACAUCACUGUCAAAGAUCUUCGAGUUGAACUCCUGGGAGAGACAUCGAUUGCAGAAUGUUUGACAUACUUGGAUAAUGGAGUUGUGUUUGUUGGGUCUCGUCUUGGAGACUCACAACUUGUAAAGCUAAAUGUGGAUAGCAAUGAACAGGGGUCCUAUGUUGCUGGGAUGGAAACCUUUACCAACUUGGGUCCUAUUGUGGACAUGUGUGUAGUAGAUCUGGAAAGACAAGGUCAAGGCCAGCUGGUUACUUGUUCGGGAGCAUUUAAAGAAGGGUCAUUAAGAAUAAUUCGAAAUGGAAUCGGGAUUCAUGAACAUGCUAGCAUUGAUCUUCCUGGUAUUAAGGGUCUGUGGCCAUUGCGUUCUGAUUCCACUCGUGAUACAGAUGAUAUGUUGGUACUCUCAUUUGUUGGACAGACGCGUGUGCUGAUGCUUAAUGGGGAGGAGGUGGAGGAGACUGAAAUGCCUGGCUUUGUUGAUGACCAACAGACAUUUUACUGUGGGAAUGUAGCCCAUCAGCAACUCAUUCAGAUAACAUCUGGUUCAGUGCGAUUGGUCAGCCAAGAGCCUAAGUCUCUGGUUAGUGAAUGGAAAGAACCAAAUGGAAAGAAUAUCAGUGUUGCAUCCUGUAAUAACAGCCAGGUAGUAGUGGCAGUGGGUCGUGUAUUGUAUUACCUGGAAAUCCAUCCUAAAGAGCUCAAACAAAUCAGUUUUAUAGAAAUGGAGCAUGAAGUAGCCUGUCUGGAUAUCACUCCACUGACUGAGGGAAGCAGUAUAUCACCCCUUUGUUCUGUGGGCCUUUGGACAGAUAUUUCAGCCCAGAUCCUCAAAUUACCAUCGUUUGAAAUUCUACAUAAGGAGAUGCUUGGAGGAGAGAUUAUUCCACGGUCCAUUUUGAUGACAACAUUUGAAGGCAGUCAUUACCUGCUGUGUGCUCUGGGUGAUGGAGCUCUCUUUUACUUUGGACUUGAGAUAGAAACAGGCUUGCUGAGUGACCGGAAGAAAGUCACACUGGGGACCCAGCCAACUGUGCUGCGAACGUUCAGAUCUUUGUCCACUACAAAUGUCUUUGCCUGUUCAGAUCGUCCUACAGUCAUUUAUAGCAGCAAUCAUAAGCUGGUUUUCUCAAACGUUAACCUUAAGGAAGUAAACUAUAUGUGUCCUCUUAACUCUGAAGGAUAUCCUGACAGUUUAGCCUUGGCCAACAACAGCACUUUAACUAUAGGAACCAUUGAUGAGAUUCAGAAACUACACAUCCGGACAGUGCCACUUAAUGAAUCUCCAAAGAGAAUCUGUUACCAGGAGGCAUCACAGUGUUUUGGUCUGGUCAGCAGUAGAGUGGAAGUAUUAGAUCCCAGUGGAGGCACCUCUGUCCUGAGACCGAGUGCCAGCACUCAGGCUCUUUCCACCAGUGUCAGCUCCAGUAAACUUUUCCCAAGUAGUACCUCGCAGCAUGAAAGCUCGUUUGGGGAUGAAGUAGAAGUGCACAGUUUACUAAUCAUAGAUCAGCACACAUUUGAAGUACUUCAUGCUCACCAGUUUCUUCAAAAUGAGUAUGCACUAAGUAUUGUAUCCUGCAAGUUGAGCAAAGAUCCCAAUACAUACUUUGUUGUGGGUACAGCAAUGGUUUAUCCUGAAGAAGCAGAACCAAAACAAGGACGAAUUAUUGUGUUCCAGUACUCUGAUGGUAAACUUCAGACUGUAGCAGAAAAAGAAGUAAAAGGUGCGGUGUAUUCCAUGGUGGAGUUCAAUGGCAAGUUGUUGGCAAGCAUCAAUAGCACAGUUCGAUUAUAUGAGUGGACUGCUGAAAAAGAGCUACGCACAGAGUGUAACCACUACAAUAAUAUUAUGGCCCUUUACUUGAAAACAAAGGGAGACUUUAUUCUUGUGGGAGAUUUGAUGCGCUCAGUGCUGCUGCUUGCCUACAAACCAAUGGAAGGCAAUUUUGAAGAGAUUGCCCGAGACUUCAACCCUAACUGGAUGAGUGCUGUGGAGAUAUUGGAUGAUGAUAAUUUCUUGGGUGCAGAGAACUCCUUCAACUUAUUUGUAUGUCAGAAAGACAGUGCAGCUACUACAGACGAGGAAAGACAGCACCUCCAGGAAGUAGGGCUUUUCCACCUUGGCGAGUUUGUCAAUGUGUUUUGUCAUGGUUCUCUGGUGAUGCAGAAUCUUGGUGAGACAUCAACACCUACACUGGGUUCAGUGCUGUUUGGUACAGUCAAUGGCAUGAUUGGUUUGGUUACUUCAUUAUCUGAGAGCUGGUAUAACUUCCUUUUUGAAGUCCAAAAUCGACUGAAUAAAGUUAUCAAAAGCGUGGGCAAGAUUGAACAUUCAUUUUGGAGAUCAUUUCACUCCGAAAGGAAGACUGAACCUGCUGCAGGUUUCAUAGAUGGAGACCUUAUAGAGAGCUUCUUGGAUCUUAGCCGACCUAAAAUGCAGGAGGUGGCUGCAGGGUUGCAGAUUGAUGAUGGAAGUGGGAUGAAAAGAGAAGCAACUGUAGAUGAUCUGAUAAAAAUUGUUGAAGAAUUAACUAGAAUACAUUAGCCGAACACUGGAGAUAUGCUGUUUAUCAGUGAUGAUGCUGGUAUUAUUGGAGG